AUGUUCGAUUUUUCGGUUUCCGUAACCGAAUCGACUUGCGACCAUCAGUUAUCCCCUGCCAAGUCAACAUUAUCUUGCGGUGAUGUGGGUGAUGAGUCGAUCUUAGCCACUAGCCCUAGGAUUUCCAAAGAAUCGAGCGCAUCACCGAAUCAUAUUAAGGAUAACGAACCAGAUCCGGUUGUUCCUGCAGAUGUGGUUUUGGGGUCUGUUGAAUCGAACAAACUCGAAACAGUUGUCGCUGAUUCGAGAUUAUUAUCGAUUACGUUUUCAUCACCAAAGCAUGGUCUUUCUUCUGGUUUGUCAUCUGUAUCUGAGACUACUUCCGAACUCGCAGAUCCAGUUGCUGUUGAUCUGCCGUCUGAUGAUGCGGCAGCACCACUCAGUAACGUUGAAGAACUUCCAAGUGGUUCCAAUCCUCCGGCUUCCCUUGUAAAAAUCGACUCCGGCGGUACACCCAUCCUGAAUAAACCCGGUGAGGAUAAUAGAUUCAACUCGGGCAACUCUACUUCGGUGCCCACCGAUUGA